AUGUUUGCGAGAGUCUCAGACAAACUACAUCACAGAAAACACCAACAACAACAACAACAGCAGCAGCAGCAGCAGCUACAACAACAGCAGCAACAACAAGAGCAGCAGCAACAACAACAACAGCAACAACAACAACAACAACAGUCCCUGCAGCACAAUCAGCAGCUCAGACAGGCACAAGCAAACUUCUUGCAAGGCUCAGGCCCGGAGCAGAUUCCCAGCGGCCCCACCUUUACUUCUGCCUCACAUUUGACGCUCAGUGGGAACGUCAGCCUUCAGAACAAUCCGUCGGGUUUUCCUAGUGAUUUAGGAACCAGCGCCGAAGAACAUAGCCAACAACGCCCACUAGUGGAGCAAGGCCAGAGUGAAAUGGAUGAUGCUGUGGCAGCUCAGGCAAACCUGCAUCAUGCUACCCAACAGGCAAGAGUUGCAGCUAUAAACGCGGCGGCGACGCAGGCUGCUCUGGACGGCGCCAUCGCAACGAAUAACGUGCAGGCAUCUUCGGUCCAGACGCCAAAAGCGGCGGGCCAACCUGCUGUUCGCAAAACCGCGGGACGAUAUGCCCUGAACGAUUUUCAGAUCGAGAGAACAUUGGGCACUGGAUCGUUUGGACGUGUACAUCUGGUCCGAUCAAGGCAUAACGGCCGAUUCUACGCCGUCAAGGUACUGGGCAAAGAGAAGGUCAUCAGGAUGAAGCAGAUCGAGCACACGAAUUCGGAGAGACAGAUGUUGGUCCGUGUCCGUCAUCCAUUUCUUGUCAAUCUGUGGGGAACAUUCCAGGACGUGAAUAACCUAUACAUGGUUAUGGACUUCGUAGCUGGCGGGGAGCUUUUCAGUCUUCUUCGAAAGUCUCAGCGAUUCCCCAACUCGGUUGCCAAGUUCUAUGCAGCAGAGGUGGCCUUGGCGCUAGAUUACUUGCAUUCUUUGGACAUAAUCUACCGUGAUCUAAAGCCAGAAAACUUACUGCUCGGAGCAGAUGGUCACAUCAAGGUCACAGAUUUUGGCUUUGCCAAAUUCGUGCCGGACAUCACUUGGACUCUCUGUGGUACCCCAGAUUACUUGGCCCCGGAAGUCGUUCAAUCGAAGGGAUACAAUAAGAGCGUCGAUUGGUAUGCGUUGGGUGUUUUGAUUUUCGAAAUGCUGGCGGGGUACCCCCCAUUCUUCACCGAGGACGGGAAUCCAAUGAAGUUGUACGAGAAGAUUAUAGCAGGCAAGGUCAGGUAUCCUACCUACUUCGAUGCCCUUGCCAAAGAGCUGUUGAAGAACUUGCUGGUCGGAGAUCUGACCAAACGUUUUGGAAAUCUUCGGGCUGGUUCUGCAGAUAUAUUCGCCCACGGCUGGUUUGCUGAAGUCGAUUGGGAUAAACUGUACCGUCGAGAGAUCCCCGCGCCCUAUGUCCCGAAGAUACAAGGGGAUGGUGAUGCGAGCCAGUUUGAUCGUUAUCAGGAAGCAGAUGUCAGUGAGUAUGGAAGAACCGGCGUUGGUCAAUAUGAUCACUAUUUUGUAGACUUUUAA